AUGAAACUGGAAGUGGGUAGUAAUUCAGCAGGGCACAUGAUGGAGAUGAAUGAGUGUACAAGUUUGCAAAAUCAUAAGGAAGAGAACAGAGACAUUGUGCGCUUUACAGUGUUGACUAAAAUGAAAGGGGAUAGCGAAUCAGAGAGGGAAGCUAGCGUGAACAACAAAGACAAUGUGACCCAGUUUGUGCUCAACUUUUUUGGAUUAAAGCGCAGUGGGAAGAAAAUAGAAGUAGUCAGCCACCAUGGAAAAAGCAUCGCAGUGAGGCACCGACUUUAUGUUUAG